GGACGUAAUAUUUACUUUAAUUUUAAGUAACAAAGUUAAUCUGAUUACAGUUAAUUUUUAGGUGCAACAAGUUAAAGCAAAGAUGUGGUUGAUACUCUACCUAGUUGUAUUGGUUGGUACAAGUGAAGGCAGAGAGCGUUUGGACCCUCUGGUUCAGACCAGUCAGGGUCUAGUGAGGGGUCAAAGGGGAGAAGAUGGUGACUAUUACAUGUUCCUUGGUAUACCAUAUGGACAAGUGGACCAGACUAACCCUUUUGGAGUUUCAACUCCGCAUCAAAAAUUCGACGACAUCUAUGAAGCAAACGACGACUCUUCCAUAUGUCCUCAAGUUCAAGAUUUUACCAACGACGUAAUCGGCACAUUGGACUGCCUGCGUCUUAACAUAUACGUGCCAGCCAAGGCUUCAUCAAGAAACAGGUUGGCUGUGUUGGUUUAUAUCCACGGCGGUGCAUUCAACACUGGUUAUUCAACAAGGACCAACUAUGGCCCCAAACAUUUGGUCAAACAUGAUGUGAUUUUAGUACAAGUGAAUUAUAGACUUGGUCCAUACGGUUUCCUAUGUUUGGGGACGGAAGAAGUCCCUGGCAACCAAGGUAUAAAAGACCAGCUACUCGCUUUGAGAUGGAUUAAGGAUAAUAUAGCUUCAUUUGGCGGUGAUAGUAACAAAAUAACAAUAAUGGGUGAAAGUGCAGGGGCCAGUUCGGUUGAAUUACACCUUCUAUCCAAACAAGAGAAGUUAUACAACAAGGCUAUACUUCAAAGUGGUACUUUGUUAAAACCAAGUGGUAUUGAUGACACUGAUGUGACACCAGCAUUACAAAUCACUGAUAAACUAGGGUUUACAACAGAUGAUGUGACUGAAGCACUGAAUUUUAUAAAACAAGCUGAUCCAAAGUUGUUAAUAGGAGCAUACUCUGAACUAUCGCUUAAUUUACGUGCUUGCGUCGAAAAACAAAUCGAAAAUACAGAAAGUAUUAUAACUGAACAUCCUAUAAAUCUUAACAUACCAAAAAUAAGAGGAAUGCCUAUUUUAGUGGGAUACAACAGCAUGGAAGCAUUGCUAAUAGAUAAUAAUAAACCUAAGGAUUAUUUUAAAGAUCCGAAUUUUUUUAAAGACACUAUAGCCCAGACUUUUAAUAUUGAUGAAGAUUUAGAAGAAGAUAUCGAUCUUGUUAGAAAUUUUUACGUAGGAGACGAGGAGUUGACUGAAGAUGUGAGAUCGGAUAUAAUAGAUUUCGAAUCAGAUUUCUACUACAACUAUCCUAUACAAUGGAGUAUUGGAAAGUAUCUUGACAAUAGAGCCGGGAAUGUUUACCAAUAUCUUUUUUCUUAUGAGGGAGGAAGAAAUUAUAUCAAGAAUAAAUUCAAUAUAAGUCUAGACGGGGUUGGUCAUGGGGAUGAGCUCGGUUAUCUGUUUCAUAUGUCAGGAAACGAAGGAAUACCGUCGGAUGAAGACCAGCUAAUGAUUGACAGGAUUACAACACUUUGGACAAACUUUGUGAAAUAUGGAGAUCCUACGCCGGAGACAACGGAGUUGCUACAACAGAAAUGGCUGCCGGUCACCAACAGCACUGUCAACUACCUGAGCAUAGACUCCGAGUUGGUGAUGAAGAAGAGACCUUUCAAAGCCAGGCUGGCGUUCUGGAAGCUGUUCUUUAAGACCAACCGGGAGAAGCUGCGGGGACUGAAUUAGAAUUAAAUAGCUUUAUAUUUAUGAUAAAUUAUUUGUUGUUUUAAAUAAAUUAUUAAUUA